GAGAGAGAGAGAGACGUUUCCAUCCGAACCGAUCCGUUUCUGCAGAGCCCGUCGCUUCUUGCUUUGGUGCGGCUCGCUAUUGUUCCAAACUGUGGGAGGGAACCGGGAAAAGAGGGAAAGAAAGAAGAAAGAAAAGGUUCCAGCUUCUUCCUGACGCGCAUCCAUAUUUGGAUGCUCCGCAUCCGCCGCUCUCGGCGCCUCCUUCCCGGUCAACUUCUCCCGGUUUCUCCUCCUGGACUUGAAGUGCGUGAUGAAUAGUUUGGGGGCACCCUCCGUCCGCGCGCCUCUGGAAUGGUGGGGAUUACACCGUCUGGCGCUGGGGAGCCUGUGAACGCAAAUGGAGUUUGGGAUUUACUGCCAAAUAAGGGAAAGAUGACCGUCUUCUCGUUGUGCUUGCUCCUGUGCGCGGAUCUGCUGGAUUUCGCCGUCGGUUAUUUGACAGUUACCAUAGAGCCUUUGCCCCCCGUGGUUGUGGGCGAGACUGUUACUCUCAAAUGCAACUUCAAAACUGACGGCCGGCUGCGAGAAAUUGUUUGGUACAGGGUGACAGAUGGAGGUACCAUCAAGCAGAAAAUAUUCACGUAUGAUGCAAUGUUUAAUACCAACUACUCACAUAUGGAGGACUACCGCAAACGUGAAGACUUGGUGUACCAGUCAACCGUCCGGCUGCCAGAGGUCCGGAUCUCAGACAACGGGCCUUACGAGUGCCAUGUGGGCAUCUAUGACCGGGCGACCAGGGAGAAGGUGGUCCUGGCUUCAGGGAAUGUUUUUCUUACCGUUAUGUCACCUCCAAACAACAUAUCAGUGAUGGCAGAGAACUCUGUGUACUUCAAACGUGAUGGAGAACUAAUAGAAGUGAUUUCCUAUGUUCAGCCCUCCACCAGUGAGCAGGGGGGCACCUCGGCGGGGGUGAGGGGGGCCCGGCCGCUGAUCAGCAGGGACCUGGACGACACCAAACUCCACCGUUCCCUGUCACUUCUGGACCCAGAGGGGCGGUCGGCCCGCCUGUACACGGAAACCCCCCAGCGUUUCCACACACAGGGCCAGCAGGCCUACCAGCCCAGCCCCGCCACAGAGACCAUCCCAGAGACGGUGGUGAGCCGCGAGUUUCCCAGAUGGGUGCACAGCACGGACCCUCUGUACUACUUCAGCCACAUACAUGUCCCCCAGAGCGAUGGCUCUGUGGUGGUGCAGGCCAAGCUCACCUGGACCCUCAACCCCCAGCUAGACAACGACGCUCUGUUCAGCUGCGAAGUCAAGCACCCGGCGCUGUCCAUGCCCAUGCAAACAGAGGUCACGCUAGCUGCUCCAAAGGGUCCCAAACUCUCGAUGACCCCAACCAGGGCAAAGGUAGGGGAUACGGUGCGGAUCAUCGUGCAGGGAUUCCAGAAUGAGGUUUUCCCAGAGCCUCUCUUAACCUGGACGCAGGUGGGGGGCCAUAUGCUGGAUGGCAGCACGGAGCGCGAGGGAAGGGAGCUGGUUCUUGAAAGAGUGCCGGCGGAACUGAACGGCUCCAUGUAUCGCUGCACCGCACAGAAUCCUCUGGGUUCCACAGAUACGCACAUUCGCCUCAUAGUCUUUGAAAAUCCAAGCAUGAUGAAAAGGAAUCAGAACAAUGAAGCCACACCCACUCGUGCGCUCGGACUGACGUGGAUCGCCGUCGUCUUCACAGUGACGGUGGAGCUGACGUGAAAACCCCCCUUCUGCACACAUUUACAUAAACACACACACGGCCCACCGCCCUGAGCCUUCUACAGUCAUCAACAGACCCUCCAUGAGUCCUUCAACCAGGAAACAGCGCCACCACAUGGCGGCGUCACAUCGUUUGUUUGUUUUUUUUUUAAACAAAAUAAUAAUCAAGGAUAAUGUCAAAGAACUCUGUGAUGAACACGAUGGUAACCUCUUCCUGCUAUAUAGCCCCCACUCUCUUACCCUUUAUUGUUUCCUGACCCACAUAUGCCUGUUGAUUAAAGAAAAUCUGUUGGUUUAAAAGGAAGGAAAAAAAAGAAUUUGUAUUUUAUUUUGAUAAGUCUCCGUGUUAUUAGUGUUGAUUGAAACCUAAAAAAAAAGGAACUGGCUUCGACGGCGCCUCCCCAUCAGCCACUCCCAUCUGUCACAUGUCCUAGGAUGCACCAGAUUAGCGACAAGCUGAUAAACCACAGGAGAACAGACCCACAGAUGCUUCAAGGCGACCUUCUUUUUUAAUAUUUUAAUAUCUUUUUUUUUUCUUUUUUUUUGAUGGCUUAGAAUGUACAACAAGAUUUAACUGGAUUGAGAAAACCUGGACAAAUCUCAUUUUUGAGUGUAUUUUGUGUACAUCUGUGUAAAUACUGAAAAAUAAUUAAAGAGGUUAUAUGGGGUUAUGGUGAGGGGCGGUUAUGAAACUGUCAGGAGUUCACACUUCUUCACCUUUAUUUGUACGUCAGUCAACUCUGUUUUUUGAGAUAUCCUCGGCUGUGAGGUUGGAAACAUUUAUUGUCCUUCUGUUUCUUGCUUAGAACUUUUCUAUCUGUACGACAGGUCUCCAAGAACAGAGUUUGAAAAAAAAAAAUCUACCAUAUGUCUACUGUUUUGGGAUUGUGGUGCAUGUGAGGUUUGAAGAUGAUUUCUCCUUUUGGUGUGUUGCAACUGACAGCACUGCAACUCUUUGUCACUAGCCUGUAAUCCAGCUAUUUACCUGUAAGCUACAUUGUGUACAACACUGACUCUUCCCCAGACGUUUGCAGUUGGAGUUGGAUCAUUUUAGCCGCCGUUCCGAUGAGGAGCUCACCUGAGGCAGCUUGUGUAAACAGGGUUGUUGCAUUUGUUUCAUAUCACCUGCAUUAAAAUGAAGAGAUCCUAAAA